CUCCAAGAAAAAAAACACCCUCCAGCCAAUACAGCGACACUGGCUGCGCCUCUGCCCCGACCCAUCUCCGGCUUAACUCGAUUGUCGCUACGCCUUGGCUUGCUGCAGCUCGACGGCCAAGCAAGGCGGGGGGUUUGCAUCCUGCCAACCAUCAGUGCCAUCCACCACCCAAGCUCCACCCCCGCACGACUUUGCGUCUCAUUCAUGGACCAGCAGCCGAGCAGGAGAGCCUGUGCAGAUGGCAAGCUCCCUAUUGGUUGCGCUGUUAAUUAACGGCCCGCCCAGCCCCAAGGUGGAUGAACCGGACGCAUCUGAAUCCCACAGGCGUCCCCCUGGCUCCCACGCCAACCGACAUACCCACCAAGUCAGCUUGCGGACAGACGGAGACAAAGGACCGGCCGCCCUUUGCCGUUUUGCAUAUCCGAGAAGGGCUUACAGGCCGGCCCCAGGUGGGUAGCGACCGUGACGGCAAGCUAGUCUGCAUCUGGUGAGCUAGCUCAACCUCCAACAGCAGCUUUUGCCAGUCUUCUUGAACUGUGCUAUUUCGUCAUUGUUACUACCUCGAGGCAAACAGCACCGCGCAUCUGCCCAACGAAAACUGCGUUUCUCUGCGCCAAGAGAGGGCCUGCCAAACGGGCAGACGCCCAGCUUCACAGCAUCCACACGACGACGGGCUGCCCCCAUGCGGCAGUGAGCAGCACAGCACACCCACCCGAGCAGCCCGCGCAGGAGGGGUAGUACGGGUGAUACGCAAGAGAGCAUGGCCAGGAGAGGAAGGAUGAUGACAAUGCCCAAUGGUUGGACAGUGCCAAACACAGCCGAGAUGCCGACAUAAAACCUUAUCGAUGCAAAGCCACCUGACCGCGCCUGGUCGAUAUCUCGUCGCUCUCGCUACCUGAAGCGGCAUGCUUUACCGUGGAACGUCAGUAUCGCCAACAUGCCGCCGCGAGGGGUUCCCUGACCGGCCCAGCAACAUACAUGUUCACUCAAUAUCAUACCCCCACGGCAUGGGUAUCGCCGGCUAUUCCUGCAAUCCUUGUGGGCAUAUCCCGGCAGCCGUGGGGUCUCCAUCACCUCUACCCUGUCUUCAUCUCACCCCCCGCCUCCACGUCGCAGGCCAAAACGAGAGGAGAGCUGCACUGAUGCCAAGAACGUAAGACGGCAGAACGUCUUUGGUGCUUCUGCUGUCCCAUUGGCCCCCCGCGGCACUGGUGCUGGGCGGCGAAAGAGGGGAAGGCGAGGAGGAAGUGAGGGGGUGAUGCAUGGCAAGCCGUGUCACAGAGAGGCAGCCCAGCCCGACCCAUCAUGUCGGCAAAACGGAAGACGAGAGACGGCAGGAACAUGCCUGCGGGGAAGGAAGCUUCAGACGACGCAGUAUGUUCAAAAGGGUACCCGGGAACCUGCCAACCACACCCGGAUCUCGCCCCUUCUUCCUCGUCUUCCUGCUCCUUGUCGAAGCAGUCCCUCGUCCGUUCAGUACUUCUGGAAGCCUUCCAUCUUAGAUCAACACCUCAUUUGAGUGUACAGAAGCGUGCCAUCUGGGAAGUCGGGCAACAUGGCUGAUCCCCUCGCGGGAAGCUCGCCCGGCGCGCUGCCUGAUGAGUUUGAUAUCAUCGUGUGCGGCGGAGGGAGCGCGGGGUGUGUGGUGGCUGGUCGUCUCGCCAACCUGGACCACAACCUCAAGGUGCUCCUGAUCGAGGCGGGCGAGAACAACCUCAACAACCCGUGGGUGUACCGCCCAGGCAUCUUCCCGCGCAACAUGAAGCUGGACUCCAAGACGGCCUCUUUCUACGAGGCCCGCCCGUCCAAAUGGCUCGCCGGCCGCAAGGCCGUCGUUCCGGCCGCCCAUAUCCUCGGCGGCGGGUCUUCCAUCAACUUUAUGAUGUACACGCGCGCGUCGGCAUCCGACUAUGACGACUUCCAGGCCAAGGGGUGGACUACCAAGGAGCUCCUCCCGCUCAUGAAGAAGAACGAGACAUACCAGCGGGCCUGCCACAACGGCGACCUGCAUGGCUCCGAGGGCCCCAUCAAGGUGUCGUUUGGAAACUACACCUACCCCAUCGCCUGGGACUUUCUGCGGGCGGCCGAGUCGCAGGGCAUCCCGACGGUCGACGACCUGCAGGACCUGACGACGGCCCACGGCGCCGAGCACUGGCUCAAAUGGAUCAACCGCGAUACGGGCCGGCGCAGUGACAGCGCCCACGCAUACGUGCACUCAACCAGGGCGGUGCACAACAACCUGUACCUGUGCUGCAACACCAAGAUCGACAAGGUGAUUAUCGAAAACGGCCGCGCGGUGGGGGUACAGACCAUACCUACCAAGCCCCUGCACCCGAGACAGCUCAAGCCGCGCGUGUUCCGGGCGCGCAAGCAGAUCGUCGUGUCAUGUGGCACGCUGUCAUCCCCUCUUGUGCUCCAGCGCUCGGGCAUCGGCGAUCCGGCCAAGCUUAAGGCGGCGGGCGUCGAGCCCAAGGUGGACCUGCCCGGCGUCGGGCUCAACUUCCAGGACCACUACCUGACCUUCUCGACGUACCGGGCCAAGGCCGGGACCGAGAGCUUCGACGACUUUGCGCGUGGCGACCCCGAGGUGCAGAAGCGCGUCUUCGACCAGUGGGAGCUCAAGGGCACCGGCCCGCUGUCCACCAACGGCAUCGAGGCGGGCGUCAAGAUCCGCCCCACGCGCGCCGAGCUCGACGAGUUCAAGAGCUGGCCGUGCCCCAGCUUCGUGCAGGGCUGGAACUCGUACUUCAAGGACAAGGCCGACAAGCCCGUGAUGCACUACUCGGUCAUCGCGGGCUGGUUCGGCGACCACAUGCUGAUGCCUCCGGGCAACUUCUUCACCAUGUUCCACUUCCUCGAGUACCCCUUCUCGCGCGGGUCGACGCACAUCACGUCGCCUGACCCCUACGCCACGCCCGACUUCGACACGGGCUUCAUGAACGACGAGCGCGACAUGGCGCCCAUGGUGUGGGGCUACAUCAAGUCGCGCGAGACGGCCCGCCGCAUGGACGCCUACGCCGGCGAGGUGCAGAACAUGCACCCCUUCUUCGCCUACGACUCGCCCGCCCGCGCCCACGACAUGGACCUCGAGACGACGCAAAAGUACGCCCUGCCCGGCAACCUGACGGCGGGCUUGCAGCACGGCAGCUGGAGCAAGUUCCUGCCGCCCGCGGCCAAGCAACCCGACGUGCAGGUGCUCAACUCGCACAAGAAGGCCGUCUUUGACGAGUUGCAGUACUCGGCCGACGACAUCAAGGCCAUCGAGGAGUGGGUCAAGCGCCACGUCGAGAGCACCUGGCACAGCCUCGGCACCUGCUCCAUGGCCCCGCGCGAGGGCAACAGCAUCGUCAAGCACGGCGUCCUCGACGAGCGCCUCAACGUGCACGGCGUCAAGGGGCUCAAGGUCGCCGACCUGAGCAUCUGCCCGGACAAUGUGGGCUGCAACACGUACUCGACCGCGCUUCUCAUUGGCGAAAAGGCCGCCAUGCUCAUCGCCGAAGACCUGGGCUACUCGGGCAAGGCGCUGGACAUGAAGGUCCCCGAGUACAACGCCCCCGGCGAGAUGAAGCUGGCCUGCCGCCUGUGAGCGGAGAGCGUGCGGAUUUGGGACUUUGGAUCCGGCGAAGCGCCGGCGAGGAUAUUUGCGCGAAAUCGACAGUGAACAUGACGUUAUUUUGUCUCUUGUAUUUCAUCAUCACGAUCGACAGUUGCGGUGGCAUGUCACCUCUAGUGCCGAAGUUAGCCCAGCUGAACACCUCACAACAGGAAAAUCGGCAAUGAGUUGGAUCCACAGUUUGCGUGACUGCUGGGUAUUUAAAAACGGACGUGACAAAAACGAGGCAAUGCGAGGGUAUUAUAACGGUCAGUAGACGCUUGAUGCUCGAUGUCCGGCCGGAGAAACAGUGGGGAGAAAUGCCGGUGUGGUGUGCAUAAUA